AUGCGGCCCCACACCACCUUAUUUACGGCCUGUUCCUUGGCCUUAUCAGCAGCGGCUGGUACUACUAGCGUUGAUCCCACGACGAAAAAUGCCAACCAUAUCUUCAACGUCAUUCACGAUUCCAUGCGACAAUGGGGAUCCUCAUUACAUCAUAACGGCGUCUCCUUUUUCCUUGCUGUUGUUCCAGCGGGCACACAACUUUAUCACGGUACUUCUUUGUCUUCACCUGUGAACGGGACGGAGUGGUUAGCCUUUGAGCCGGAACAUUCGUUGGUGUUUGCUCGACCGCAUCGAGGACCGCCUUCUCGUCAACCUGAUGAAGGGGAAGAUGGAGGGGAGGGACGUCAUGAGGAUCUUCGCCGCGACCGUCAUAAUCGUCGUGAUGAUAAAUCAGAUGAAGACGCAAAGGGGUAUUUGCAUACAUAUGCGGCUGCUAAGCAUCUCCGUCUGUUAUACAUUGACGGUAUGUCAGCUGCGAAGACAGAUAAGGGAACUCUCGACUCGCAGGAUGCGCUCCUGUUCGACAACACCAUUGAUAUGAACCAAGAUGGCAAGCCUGGCGGACCGCUUGGGGAGAGGGAGCGAGCGAUAAGGGCAUGUGAAAUGGCUAAGGACGAAUUCGCCGAUCGAAUCGAUGGAAUUCUGCGCAUGGAAGCUGGAUUCGAAAUUAUCCUGUGUGAUUUCGAACGUGAUUUGGUGAACGUCGAAAUUGUCGAGGUUGCUUCUCAGUCUCGCGAACCGGGUAACGAACAAGGGGAUGGAAAACAACGAAAGGGUCCCGGUGGUCCUGGUGGCCCUGGUGGCCCUGGUGGUCCAGAUUCUGCUGGAUGGGCACGCGCCGUUGCCUCUCGCUACGAAGGCAUUGGAGGAGGCCGUGUGAAUCUGAACUACGAGCACUUCGUCACAGCCUUCUCAUACGACCUUGAUCUCUUCCCUGAGGGCUCAGCUCACCCCCGUCUCAACCAUCUCGCACACUCAGACCUAGAACGCAUUCGCAAAGAUAUCACCUCGACACUCUUAACCCACGACCCCCGGGAAUUCACAUGGAACUGGCAAGCAACCACAGACAUGAUUGUCCUUCGAUAUAGCGAUGAACUCUCCUACCUAUCCUCCGACAAAAUCGAAACAACCGAACAGCUUAGCAAACACAUCAACAAGCUCAUGGCACCAUUCACCGAUUUCCGAGAGCGAAACGCAUCUGCCGAGGCAGAGAAAUGUGCUUCCCAAUUCAUCCCAUUCACGCUCAAAGAUAAACAAGACAUUCCUACCCGGGCUGUGCUUGCAGUUGCCCACAGUGUUUGCUCGACUCUUAUUGAAGCUGCUGCUGAGCAGGAUCUGGUAUCCGCUCAGAAGGGUAUCAAAAAUCUCAUGGCAUAUCUUGAUUGGACUACCUGGAAAGAGUGCCGUGGGUGUCAAGACAAUGAGAUUUGUGCGGUGCCUAUCUGGCCUAUGGGGAGUAUAGAAGAUUAUGAGCAGCCGCAGUGUAGGGAUGCUUCGAAUCCAUAUGGCAAUGAUGGUGAGAGUUAUUGGGGGAGAGAACCUCGCCAUUGA